GUGUGCGAGUGUGCGUUACAUUAGGUGGACACGGAGACUGCAUCAGACUGGAGACACACGCCGGGACAUAAUAGAGCAGAGAUACUGAGGCUUUGGUGGUCUUCUCCUCUCCCCCGGUCCGUCUGGCACACGCACACGCGCGGAUCCAGAGACAUGUAGUCCCCGUGAGAGCUGCCGGAUCAUUCGUAGCCCUCAGCGCUCUCUCCUUUUUCUUCUUCUUCUUCUUCUUUUUUUUUUUUUUUUGAGCAGCAUCAUCUCACCAUAUCGACAUAAUGUGGCUUGCUCUGCUGGAGGAGAAAUAACCAAAUAUGUGGAUCCCUACUGAGGAUGAGAAAAUCGGAGUUGUGAUCUGCAACUUCCGGUCGUCAAUAUGUCAGGCUCUGGUCCUGGAGAUCGGGGAAACGGUUCAGAUUCUGGAGAAGACUGAAGGGUGGUACAGAGGCUUUUCCACCAAGAAGCCUUCCAUAAAGGGUAUUUUUCCAGUCAGCUAUGUCCACUUGAAGAAAUCCACAGUGACAAACAGAGGGCUGUGUGAGACGGUGGUGCCCUUGGAGGACCCUAUAAUCACCGAGACCACCUCCACACUGCAGGAAUGGGGCGUCUUGUGGAAGCAGCUCUAUGUGAAACACAAGGUGGAUCUGUUCCAUAAGCUGCGUCAUGUGAUGAACGAGCUCAUCGAUCUGCGCCGGCAGCUGAUCCAGGGUCACCUCGCUCAGGACCAGACCCGAGAGAUCAAGCGACACAUCACCGUACGCCUCGACUGGGGCAACGAGCAUCUUGGAAUAGACCUGGUUCCAAGAAAAGAGUUUGAAAUGGUGGAUCCGGAUCAAAUCAGCGUAUCAGAGCUAUACAAACUGCAUGUAUCCAGCAGACACUGUGGUCAGCAAAGCACAAACCAGGGUGAUAGCAUGAGACAGCGCCAUGGUGACGGCUGUCGAGUCCCCGUGUCGCACCACCUCUUCAUCAAUCUGAAGAGUUUUACUUACAACAGCAUCAGCGAGGAUGCAGACGUCUUCUUUUCUCUGUACGACACUCGUGAGGCCAAACAGAUCAGUGAGAAGUUCAUGGUGAAACUGAACAAAAACGGAGGACCAAAGAAUCCAGAGAAAGUUGAUCGCCUGUGUGCUCUCUUCACGGACCUAAGCAGUAAAGACUUGAAGAGAGACCUGUAUAUUGUUGCACAUGUCGUCAGAACUGGCCGUAUGCUGCUCAACGACUCGAAGAAAGGCCCGCCUCACGUGCAGUACCGACGACCCUAUGGCUGUGCCGUGCUUGCUAUGAGUGACGUUUUCCACACGAUCACAGACCUCAAAGAGGAGAAGGAUUUUGUAUUGAAAGUUUACACAUGCAACAACGAGAACGAGUGGUACCAGGUACACGAGAACAUCAUCCGCAAGUCCAAUACCAAGUACUCAGCCCCCAGCACCAACUAUGGCCUCAUCAUUUCCCUGCAGCUGCUGCGAGGCGAGCUGGAGCAGAUCAGACGGGAGAACCAGGCCGUGUUCAACAGGGCCCUGGCGCUCACACGCAAACUGGGCUUCCCGGACGUGAUCCUGCCAGGUGACACACGCAACGACCUGUACCUGACCCUGGAGCGGGGGGAGUUUGAGAGGGGCGGCAAGAGCGUCCAGAAGAACAUCGAAGUCACGCUGUAUGUGCUCUACGCCGACGGGGACACGCUCAAAGACUGCAUCAGUUUGGGCAGCGGGGAGCCGAACACCUCCGAGUACCGCUCCUUCGUCCUGUAUCACAACAACAGCCCCCGCUGGAGCGAGAUGGUCAAGCUGCCCAUUCCCAUAGACCGUUUCAGGGGAUCCCACCUCCGCUUCGAGUUCAGACACUGCUCCACUAAAGACAAAGGGGAGAAAAAACUCUUUGGAUUCGCCUUCACUCCUCUGAUGAGGGAAGAUGGCACCACGCUGUCGGACGAGAGUCAUGAGCUGUAUGUGUAUAAGUGCGAUGAAAAUGCCACCUUCAGUAACCAGGGUCUGUACCUGAGCCUGCCCUGCUGUAAGGAGGACUUCAACAGCUGUCCCAACCUGCCGGCCAACCUGCCCUUCCAGAGAAGCCCCAAAGAAACCUUCUGGGUGUCCACGAUACUCUGCUCCACCAAGCUCACCCAAAAUGUGGACCUCUUGGCUCUUCUGAACUGGAAGGCCCAUCCGGACAGGGUGUUGGACAUCCUCGGUCGACUACGGCAGAUCAGUGGAGAGGAGAUUGUCAAGUUCUUGCGAGAUGUCCUGGAUACGCUCUUCUGUCUUUUAGAUGACAACACUGAUAAAUACGGGCCGCUGGUUUUCCAAUCACUGGUGUUCAUCAUAAACCUGCUCAGGGACAGUCGCUUCUAUCACUUCAGGCCUGUCAUGGACUCCUACAUCCAAAACCACUUUGCCGGAGCUCUCGCCUACAAAGAGCUGAUUCGAUGUCUAAAGUGGUACAUGGACCGCUCGGCUGAGGUCGUCCGACAGGACCACAUCCAGGAAGCCAUGAGGGCGCUGGAGUAUCUGUUCAAGUUCAUCGUGCAGUCUCGUAUCCUCUACUCGAGAGCCACCUGUGGGAUGGAGGAAGAGCAGUUCAGAGCCAGCAUCCAGGAGCUCUUCCAGUCGAUCCGCUUCGUCCUGAGUCUGGACAGCCGCAGCUCGGAGAACCUGGUCUUCACGCAGGCGGCGCUGCUGAACAGCUUCCCUGAUAUCUUUGACGAGCUGCUGCAGAUGUUCACGGUUCAAGAGGUGGCCGAGUACGUGAGAGGCACCCUGGGGAGCAUGCCCAGCACCGUGGACAUCGGCCAGUCCAUGGACGUGGUCAAGCUGCAGUCCAUCGCCCGCACGGUGGAGAGUCGUCUCUUCUUCUUCCCUGAGUCUCGUAGUAUUUUGCUGCCGGUGGUUCUGCAUCACAUCCACCUUCAUCUGCGCCAGCAGAGGGAGCUGCUCAUUUGUUCUGGGAUCCUGGGCAGCAUCUUUUCCAUCAUCAAGACAAGCUCUAUGGAGUCCUCUGUUCAGGAGGAGGUGGAGAUGAUGGUGGAGAGCUUACUGGAUGUGCUGCUGCAGACUCUGCUGUCCAUCAUGAGCAAGUCUCACUCCGUCGAGACGUCCAGAGGACAGCGUUGUCCCCAGUGCACAGCUGAGAUUACAGGGGAGUAUGUUUCCUGCCUUCUUUCUCUGCUCAGACAGAUGACAGAGAUCCACUUUCACCAUCUGCUCAACAACUUCCACAGCAAAGAGGAGCUGAAGGAGUUCCUGCUCAAAAUUUUCUGUGUGUUUCGCAAUUUGAUGAAAUUGACCAUCUUCCCCCGAGACUGGAGUGUCAUGCGGCUUCUAACCAGUCAUAUCAUCGUAGUGACAACACAGUUCCUGUCUCCGGCGCUGCACAAGAACUUCUCAGAGGCAGAUUUUGAUUUCAAGGUGUGGAACUCCUUUUUCAGCCUCACUGUUCUCUACAUCAACCAGCCCAGUCUGCAGCUGGAGGCGCUGGGCCCUGCCAAGAGGAAGAAAGUCCUCGACAAAUACGGGGAUAUGAGAGUCAUGAUGGGAUAUGAACUCUUCAGCAUGUGGCAAAAAUUAGGUGACAACAAGCCCCACUUCAUCCCGGGAAUGAUGGGUCCGUUCCUCGGGGUCACCCUGGUGCCUCAGACCGAGGUCCGAAACAUCAUGAUCCCAAUUUUUCACGACAUGAUGGAUUGGGAGCAGAGGAAAAACGGGAACUUCAAACAGGUGGAGGCAGAGCUGAUGGAUAAGCUGGACAGCAUGGUGUCGGACGGGAAAGGCGACGAUAAUCACAGGGAGCUCUUCAGCCUGUUGACCCAAUUGUUUGGUCCGUACCCAAGCCUGCUGGAGAAGAUCGAGCAAGAGACCUGGAGAGAAACGGGGAUCUCCUUCGUCACGUCGGUCACAAGACUCGUUGAGCGAUUAUUGGACUACAGGGACUGUAUGAAAGGAGAUGAGAUGGAAAACAAGAAAAUUGGUGGUUCUGUCAACCUCAUGAAUUUUUACAAAUCCGAGGUCAACAAAGAGGACAUGUACAUCCGCUACAUCCACAAGCUGUGUGACCUGCAUCUCCAAGCAGAGGACUUCACAGAGGCGGCGUUCACCCUGCUGCUGUACUGGGAGCUGCUGCAGUGGGAGGACCGGCCCCUCAGGGACUUCCUCCACUACCCGUGUCAGAGCGAGUGGCAGCGCAAGGAGAACCUGAGCCGGAAAAUCCUCCACUACUUCAACAAGGGCAAGUGCUGGGAAUACGGCAUCUCUCUGUGCCGGGAGCUGGCGUUCCAGUAUGAGACUUUAUAUGAUUACCAGAGCCUCAGCUGGAUCCGGAAAAUGGAGGCCGCGUACUACGACAACAUCAUCGAACAGCAGAGGAUCGAACCGGAGUUCUUCAGAAUGGGAUUCUAUGGCAGGAAAUUUCCUUUCUUCCUCAGGAACAAGGAGUUUGUCUGUCGAGGUUACGACUACGAGCGGCUUGAGGACUUCCAGCAAAGGAUGCUGGGAGAAUUUCCCCAGGCUAUAGCCAUGCAGCAUCCGAACCAACCGGACGACACCAUCCUUCAGAGUGACGCUCAGUACUUGCAGAUCUACGCGGUGACUCCAGUGUCAGACAUCUCUGAUGUGCCUCAGCUGGAGCGUGUGCCUGAGAGGAUCAAGAGUUUCUACCGCAUAAACAAUGUGAGCCGCUUCCACUACGACAGGCCUUUCCACAAGGGACCCAAGGACCGCGAGAACGAGUUCAGGAGUCUGUGGAUUGAAAGAACAACCCUGAUCCUCUCCCGUCCUCUCCCCGGGAUCUCCCGCUGGGCGGAAGUGGAAAGAAGAGAAGUGGUGGAAGUGAGUCCUCUGGAGAACGCCAUCUACGUGGUGGAGAAUAAGACCCAGGAGCUGCGGACCCUGAUAAGCCAGUACCAGCACAGACAGCAUCACGGCAACAUCAACCCGCUCAGCAUGUGCCUCAACGGCGUCAUCGAUGCUGCGGUCAACGGCGGCAUCGCCAGAUACCAGGAGGCCUUCUUUGAUAAGGACUACAUCAGCAGCCACCCGGAGGAUGCAGAGAGGAUCACACACCUGAAGGAUCUGAUGCAGGAGCAGGUGCAUAUUCUUGGUGUGGGUCUGGCAGUUCACGAGAAGCUGGUGCAUCCAGAAAUGCGUCCUCUGCACAAGAAGCUGGUAGACCAGUUCCACAUGAUGAGGACGGGUUUGCACCAUUAUAUGGUUGGGUCCCAGCAGGGGGUCCCCGGCGUGGAUCGCUUCGGCCCCGCAGGCUGCACGGGGGUCAACUCUCCUCGAGGCAUCCUCUCUUCACACAGCCACAUGAGCCCCGAGAGCGUGCGCCUCAUGCACAGACACAGCCCUCUGAACCUGCAGGGCUCGAUCCGUCACUCCUCCUCCUCCCUCUCCUCUCACACCUCCAGCGAGGCGGGAAACCUCGUCAUAAUGACCGACGGCCUGAUGGGGGAGCACCCUGAGGAGGCAUUACACAUGCAGCCCAGUCCCUCGUCCUCCAGCCUGAGCUCAAUCCGCUCCAACUCUUCCCAGAUUAUUAACUCCGCUCCCUCAAGUGCCAGAGGCUCUCCAUCAUUGCCUGAUAAGGCCAAACACAACCGAGAAGUGAUGAUUUUGUUGCCGUCCCAUCGCGAGAGGGCCAACAACAUGUAUUACAACAUGGCAGAGAACGGACAGAACAACCACAUGCAGCGUGCCUUACUUCAGCAAGUCAGCCCCUGUAAGCCCUGUGCUGAGCCCCACAUGAACUUACCAGAGAAAGUCUUUCCCAACACGCCCAACAGCUGGAGUCUGGAUGGAGAGAACAGGGAGCAGGUGGCCUACAUGCCGGCAUCAACCGGAGGUGUUGUGAUGCCCCCUGUCCCACCCAGGUCCUUCCCACAAGGUCAUUUCCUGAUGCACUGUGAUGCAUUCCACCACCAGAACAGCGACCCUCCUCCUGCGCUGCCCGUCCGUUCCCUCCGCAAGUCUCCUCUCCACCCCAUCCCCGGCUCCCCCACCAGUCCUCAGUCCGCCCUGGGGGGCAGUAACUCCACCCUGUCGGGCAGCGCCAGCAGCGGCGUCUCCUCCCUGAGUGAGAGUAACUUCGGCGGUCAGUAUCCCGACCCGGGCCCCAUCCGAAACGACGCCUUGGAGCCCCUCCCCAGCCACCUGUGGUCCCCCCCCGACGAGUACCUGGCCUCGCCCUACCUGCACAUCCACUACGGCGGCCCGGAGAUCGACUCCAUGGACCCGGUGCGCCCGUUCCACUACCGCAGCCCCACGUCGCACCCGCACCCGCACACACACACGCACACGCACCCCCACGCUCACGCUCACGCCAACCCGGGGAUGGACGGCCACUCCCACGGCCCGCCGCCGCCGCACCACCACCACGCCCCCGCCCACGGCCCCCACCACAUCCCGUACCGCCGGCCUCAGCCCCCGGCCGUGCCGCCCAAGCCCUACCUGAGGGAGGGCUGCAUCCCCGAGGAGGAGCUGCCGCCUCAGCCCAUCCCGCUGCCCCGCCGGAUCUUCCACUCCCCCCACGGCCACCGGGAGGAGGCGGGGAAGCACCCCUGGGAGCAGUGCAUCAGCGAGGAGCACGAGGAGGCGCAGUGAUGCGCGGCCCGGCCCGGGCCCGCCCCUCCUUGUCUUCUUCCCUCCAUUUGCGUUGAGUCGGAGGAGCAGCGAAGGUUUU